AUGCCCAAAACCAUCUUCAUCCCCGGCGCCAGCGGCUUCCUCGGCACUGCCCUCGUCCGCGAAGCCACCCACCAAGGCCACCACGUCCGCGGCCUCUCCCGCUCCGACGCCAGCGACGCCAAAAUCACCGCCGCCGGCGGCCUCCCAUCCGCGGCACCCUCGCCGACCACGCCCUCCUCGCCGCCGAAGCCGCCGCCGCCGACGCCGUCCUCUUCUUCGCCAGCGCUUUCCCCACGACGCCGGCGUCUCCUACGACCAGUCCGUCCUCCUCAACAACGCCGCCCUCGACGUCAUCGCCCAGGCCCUCCUCCUCCCGCCCCCACAACAUCAUCCACCGACGCCCCGACCAAGGCCCUCAUCGUCGCCUCCACCGCCCUCAUCACCGCCCCCGACCCCACCGGCGCCGAAACCACCGAAAAGGACCCCGAGGAUCCCACCCCUUUCUACGACCGCGCCUCCCCGAGCCGGCACGCCCUCGCCUGGGCGAGCCGCGGCCUCCGCGUCGCCACCAUCCGUCUCGCCCCGGCCAUCUACGGGCCCGGCGACAUGAUUCGUGGCAUGGCCGCCGGCAUGGCCGCCUCCCCUCGGCGGCGUCCCCGUCAUCGACGGCAGCCACUCUUGGCCGCUGCCGCCGAAGCCCUUGCCGUCCCCGUCAAGCCCCUGGCCGCGAGCGAGGCCGAACCUUUCUUGGCGAGAUGA